UAAACCUAGUCCGAGUUAUUCGUUAAUCAACAGCUUAGCUCUGCUUCUCUCUGUUUUCCACUGUUUUCUCAAAAAGGGUAAAGGCGGAGGAGAGAGAAAGGCCAUGGCUUCCGGCAGUGGUGCUGUGACUGCGCCGCGGUUGUGUGUGGAGGAGAAGAGCUACUGGAAGGUGUCGUCGAGGAAGGAAGGGGGAUCGAGGAGUGGGCGGUCUUCGAUUUCUCCUCUGAUCAGGAAUAGUGCGAAAUCGUCGUCGCAGAGGCAGAGGAGGUGUUCGUUCACCAGGAAAUGCGCGAGGUUGGUGAAGGAACAGAGGGCAAGGUUCUACAUCAUGAGGCGCUGCGUCACCAUGCUCCUCUGCUGGCACGACUACCCCGAUUCCUGAUCCUCGCCGCUCUACAUUUCUAGGAGAUAUUAGCAGAAAUUAAACAGAGCAGAAGAGAGAGGAAGAAAAAAGAAGCUACGCGCUGUGAAUUUUUAAAUCAAUGCUAUCUUAUUUCUCUCUCCCUCUCUCCCCCCCUUUCUCCUUCUCUUUCUGCGGAAUCUCGAUCUCUUUCGACUGUGAGCUGGAGUCCAAGAAGACGAGGAGGAGGAAGACAUAGUACCUGUACAGAUUUUGGGUUCUUGUUCUUUUUUUUUUUUCUUUUUUUUUUUUUGAGUUUCAGAAUUUUUGUUUUCUGGUUCCGAAUCUCCAUUGAAGGGGACGGAUUCCUGAGUCCUGAUGAUGUUACCGUUGCCAUUGAAAUCUAAGAACAGAAGAAUUAAUAUGAAA